CGGUUCUUCGCCAAAGUUGGACAUCUUUUGUGGUCGACGUUUGGUAGGGAAAUAACAUCAGGUUUAUGCCACGAUCUGGUUGGUUUUUACUUCAGCUGGAUAUUUUUGGUAAAUGUAAAUCCUCUACAGUGGUCAGAGAACAUCUAGAAAAGGAAAUGCUUCUUAGUUUGAACGCCAUGCGUCUCAAUGUGUCUGCACUUUUGGUCUUCAAUCUCUAGCUAUUGGCUAACCCAAGUGCCUCCAAAGACGUGCUGAUUUUAGCGGCGAUGCAUUCACUUCAAACCAUGUCGAAAGCUCCGACUCAACCUGCCAACCUUCCUCCUCUUCAAAAUCUUCCUUCUUGGUCUAGAAACUCUUUGGGGAGGAGAAAACAGAGGCGGCCCAUCAUUCGUGACCGCUUGCAGCCCAUAAAAUCAAUUAGGGAAGAAAUGGAUGAAAUCUCAGAGGACAGAUCGAACGAGUUGUCAAAUUUCUCAGGAAGGAUUGUUUCUGCUCCCUCUCGGGGACACGGACUCGAACAAACCCAGAGGCUGGAUAACAUAGAAAAAAGACUAGAAUAUCUUCGCACGCAACACGCCGAAACUCUAACAAAUUUACAUAAUGAAAUAGAACGAUUAAAGGCUGAAAACAAAGGUGAGGAACGAAAGCAAAUCUCGAUUCUUAGUUUAUAGAUCUCAUCAUAUACCUGCCCCAUUGAAUCGACCGAGAGACGAUAUCAUUCUCAGUAAAAAGGAUCACGUUGGAAAAUCGUCGAAAUGAUUUUAAGGCUAUUUUAUUGCGUUAAAAUUGUCCCGAGAACAGCUGAUGUUCGGUUUGCCAAAGAAAACAUCAGCUUUAUUGGCGCGUUCAAAACCAAUUUUUUAUUCUUGUACUUUGAUAGUUGCGUCAAGAUUUCAUAAUGAAACGACAUGUACUUAUGUGACAUUAAAUAUGAACAUCGUUUUAUUGUUAUUUGUUGCAGAGCUAAAUUUUAAACUGGUAAUGGCUCGGACGGGAGUAAACCUAUCCAAAGGUUUGUUGACUCAAGCUAAAUUAAGUUACCACUGUAUGUUUUUUUCCAUCACUUGUCGUUUAAAUAUUCAUCAUUUAAUGAUGCCAAAAAUUUGCAGUUUCUCAAAUUUUGCGUUUUAUUACGAGGCUGGUCAUCUGUUAUUGAAAUAUCGUUAAUUUACUCCUUCAAACUCCAAAUGAGAGUGAGUUAAUCAUGAGUUGAUGUCUUCUAAACAUGCCUUCACUGUUCAUUACCUGAAGUAAUAAACCUGUAGGGUGCUUUGUCACAGCUUAAGUAUUACAGAAACUUAAAGCUGUUAAAUAAAUAGUACUUAGUGUACAUCUAGAAAGGACAAAUUUGCAUGCCAACGGUAUAAUCCAUUGUUAUAAUUGUCAUAUUUAGUUGAUUAGUGACGUGCAACUUAAGUUAUUUACUUAGCAACACUCAAAAUGUUUUCAUGUUGAAGAAUGAUCUUAUUGAAUUCCAGUGGGCUACCACAAUUUGCGGUCACUUUAUAGUGAUAAUGAUCUUUAAUAUUUGUUUAUUCUAUGAUCAGUGAGUCUGCAUAUGAAUGAAUGAAUGACAGAGACUUUUUUGUCUCUAGAUUGUAGGAGGUUUAUUGAGGGAGAGGGUUCUCUGAAAAAUCUAGAACAAAUAAAGACAUAACAAAGAUUUAAAGUUAGAAAUUUCACCUUGUGAUGAAUAGAUUAAUCCAGUACUGUUUACUUGAAAAGAUCUGAUAGUGACUGUUACUUUGGUGUAGGGGAUUAAAAUGCAGUGUCUUUAUUAUACCCUUGUGAAUUAAACUUUUAGAUAAGCAUGAAAAUUCAACCAGUAUCUAAUAUUAUCAUCAACUGCACGUAUUAGAGUACAGAUAACAUGUAAAUAGAGCACAAAUAUCCUGCAAUAUUGUACAGUUGGUUAUUUUGUAAUUUUAAAAAACCUGUUUUAGUGGUCAGCUUUGCGCACUAAUUGCUUCCCUAUCUGCUUCGCUUUUCCUGCCUCAUGAGAAAUGAGCAAACAAUAAAGUUUGCAUUUUGACUUGCUCUACUGGCUCAUCAAAAUACAGCAGAGCUCGUGAAAAAUACCCAGUGAUACUACAUGCUAAAAUGUCUGAUAGGAUAUAUUGAUAUACAAAGGAUUGAUUCUUUGCCCUAUUGAGAUAAUCAUCACUGACAGAAUGGUUUUGGUUGAAGGAUGAAGCAAAACCAAAAGUGUUAUGUUUAUUGAAGUGAAACAUUAAAUCUGAAAUACAUUGUUAAACAAACUGUGCAUAAAAUUUAUGUAUAAAACUAAAAUUGAGAACAACCCCAUCAUUCUUUCCAUUGUUACAAUUUAUGACCCACUGAUCAUAGGGUAACGGUUUCCAUCGCCCUUUAUAUCCUUUAGUCCUUUAUGCUAAACACUGGAUAGCGAUUUUGGAUCAUUGUUUUAGUGUGAUUGAGGGAUAAACGCAGAAGUUACACCAACCUCACAAAGUGGUAAAACAAAAUAAAUGAUCUUAAAGAGUCAAAAUCUAUGUAAACUGUCUAAUGUUAUUUCUCUCUUAUUUUUAUCAUCAGAAGAUGAGACAUCUCCUAGCUCUGUGGAAAGUGAUACAUUACAGUCUGCAGACUUAGGUAGGUUUUCACAUUUUCAUUGUAUUGUUUUGUUUACUCCCUAUCCAACUUUUUGUGCAAUUUUGAUGGAAUAGGAAAUGAUAUGCUGUUGGUUAUUUCUUUAUAUCUUAACUAAUUAACUCUCAAGAUCUAGAUGUUAAUUCUCAUCUCUAGCUACUACACAUUUCCCUGUAAAUUGGCUAUGAGAAUUUGAUGCUAGAUCGUAAGAAUGACUUGAACUUGAUAAGUUUGAGUAUUCUCAUCACCAGUUUGCUGGAUAAUGUGUGAAUAUUACAGGGGGAAAUUACAUGUUAAUCACUUCUGAGAGUUGAAGGGUUAAUUAUUAUUUUUGGUGUUUUACUAAAGGAAAGAGUGUGGUUUUAAAUUAUCACUGUUAGUUUCCGUGGGACAAUAAAUUUUCACUUUUAAUCCUUUAUACUGUAAUAUUAACAUCUAUAUUCUCCAUACUGUUCUCUAUACAUUUCCUUUGGUACUGAAAAGGAGAAUUUGUUCCUUGAGUUUAUAUUAAUUUCUUCUAUUCUCAUGAUCUAAAUGAAUGAUUCAGCAGUAUUACUUAAAGGAGAAACUAGAUGCUGGUCAUUCCAAGGGUUUUCAAGGAUUGAAAUAACAAUAGUGUCUUUACAUUCCUUAAUAGUGAUUUAAUUGAUUUUACAGCUGAAGGUGAUCAACUUGAGGGAGUUCACAAUGUUGAAGAGAAGAAAAAUGAUAAAAAUCUGCCUUCUCAGCAGGCACAGACAGUUAAAGAAUCUUCCAACACAAAUACAACUCAAGAAGUGUCAAACUCAAGUGCAAAAAGGAAUAAAAGGUUUCUGUAAAGUAUUCUUGAUUUUAUAUAGAUUGAUAUUAUUACAAACAGUGUGUACCUGAAAUUAUUACAAUUUGAUGUUAAUUACCUGUAUGGUGGAAAACUUUCACUAAGUACUUCUGGGUGAACUUGAAAGUAAGCUACACUUACUGACGGUUAAUCUGUAUCCAGCUUAUAAAUAUAUGUGGGGUGGGGCAGGUAUUCCCAAUUAUUUAACUCCCUGUAGUGAUUAACAGGUAACUUAUCCAUAUGUUAUCCAGCAAACAGAUGAUGAAAAUACUCAAACUUAUCAAGAAGAAGUUGUGGUCUUGAUCUAACCCCAAAUUCUGAUAAAUAAUUUACAAGAAAAUGUAUAUCAGCUAGAAGGGAGGAUCAAAAAUCAGAUCUUGGGAGUUAAAGGGUUAAUUGAAGCAGGGGCUGUGAAUGGGUUCAAAUUGUUGAAGUGAAAAUGGAAGCAGUUUUAUACAGACACAACUGAGGAGAAUGUAACACAUAUGCAGUGAAGUAAGACACUAAACCAGACUAGGCUUCAGCAUAUUUAUUUUGUCAAGUCUAGGCUGGUUAGUUUUCUCACUUCACACUUCAAUCCACUAGACAUGAUACUGUUAACAAGCUGUUGUUAAGAAGAAUGUAUAAAGCAUAUUAUAACUGUGUACUUAAUUGUUUCAAACAGUCAUAGUAUAGAUAGUUUAGUUAGAUGUAAUAAGCAUCUGGGAUGAUGUGGCCAAACUGCCAGCAUGGUGGAUUCUGGGUUGAGAAGUCUGGGUGCAAGACACUUUACUUUCAUAGUGCCUAUCUCCAUUUAGGAGUAUAAAUGGGUAUCAACUAACUGUCAGGGAAGCCUGGGGAGAGGGGGGUAUCCUAUGAUGGACCAACAUCCCACUCAAGGGGUGUGAUAAUACCCCUUAUUGCCUUAUGCUACAGAAACCCAGAGAAGCUCCAGUUGAAUGGGCCACUUGGCUCCAGUGCGGACCUUUUUACUUACUUUAGUAAGAGUUAUCUUCAAAACAUUCCCUUUUGUAAAUUCCAUGCUUAAAUUAGGUAAAGGCAUUUUUAUGCAGUGCCAUGAUUGUAUAACAUAAGCUAAUGACACUGUUUUAACACAAGUUUUUUUGGUGUAAAUCAUAAUUACAUGUGCAACUGCUAUAGGUAGUUCUACAUGACAUAAGACAUGCCAUAUUAUUCAUAUUUGAAAAUCCUUAAAAUUGUCAGAGCCAAACAUUUACUGUAACAUAAGAACUGUAGAAAAGUAUACCAUUGAACAACCUUUUAAAAGCGUUUAAAAUAUAUGAUACAUGUGAUUGAAGAUGUGAUUAAUGAUAUGCUCCUUUGAUUUACAUUGAAGAGACUACAACAUCUCUAGAAAUGUUAAAACAUGUAUUUGACAUGAAGUUCAAAUUUUCCUUUAAAUUUUAAUUGUCCUCUUUGCUCUUGUUCUUUUAAAGUUUUAGACAUGGAUCUGGAAAAAUGCCUCUUGCAGUCAAAUCAACACCCUCCCCUCCUGUGUCAGCUAAAGGCCCAGUCAUCAAACCUAAGAGUUCUGGAAAAAAGAAAACAAAAUUGUACAACCGACAAGAAAAACAGACAAAUUUAAGUUCAAAUUCCCCUCAAGCUCUCAAGUUAUCCUCUACUUCACCUGCACCAGUAAAGCAGGGGAUUCCCUUAGGGCAAUCAGUUCUGGUUGUCACAAUAAAGGAUAAGCAUGUGAAAGUUCACAUGCCGUCAGACAGUGCCCCACGGUCACCAACCUUAGUGGAGUGUAAAGCUAUCAUUAAACAUCAACAAGAAACAAACAAAAGGCAAGAACAGGAGGUAUGUUUUUAUCAGUGAUUGAUUAAAUACCAACUUCUCCUUAUGGUAACAACAUAUUUUAAAGUAAUGAAGUGGUAAGAAUACAGAUUAUCAUCCAUUAGGAAUACUAUUUUUGAUAAAACUUCAAAUUCUCAGAAUAUCCAUACUAAGAGUGUGUUGGGCAGUCAGAAAGGAGAGUUACCAGGUCGAUCUUAAGAAUGAAAGGGUUGAUGACAGUGAAAAGAAUCAUCCUUGAAUGGUGUUAUCAUUACUUUUGUUGUUUCCUGGAAGACCAAGUUUUCUUAAGAGACAUUUUAAAGAGACAUUUCAAACAAUAAUAUUAGUCAGAUGCAAAGAGGGUGUAGUUGUCAAAUAGAUAAAUUGCUUUCUUUUUCAAUGCAAUGUAGUCUUUCUUUAUGAUAUUUAAAGGUAGUCUUAGGAGAGAUCCAAGCAUGCUGAUUCAUUCUUAUUUGGUCUGUGCUUUGCAGAAAUGGUUAUACACUGUGUAUUUUUGUCAACAAAAGCCAGCAAAUUCAAAAUAAACAAGUUCGAUGCCAGUGCCAUUAAGAAAACUACUUACUAACCCAAGAAUAUUCCCCAGUACAGCCUUAAUGCUCAGUUAAUAAGAAGUUAUUCUCUUUGAUAAAGUAUUUUUUUAACUUUUUUAGCUUUCGAAACUAAAGUCAGACUUGAAUGAUGCCCUUUACUCUGACAAGUGGUCACCAGAUACAUAUCUUGUAACCAAGUCCUAUGUUACAGAUGAUGCACCAACCAAUACAAGGUAUGCAGCAAUUAAGUAUUGCCCUUAACAGUACAAUGCAUUUCAAAAACUAACCAAAGAAAAUGGUAUUAAUGACUUAAAAAAAUUUCUCUGCAGACAAAACACUCCUGCUUCUAGAUCUUUACCACGGUUGCAUUCUAGAGAUCAGAUGCGUUCAGGAAGGUAAGGAUUUGAGUGUUGCAAAAUUUGACAGAAUCAAUUAUUACUUCUCUCUAUUUUCAGACUGGUACUUUUAAGCAAGAGAAAAUAUAUCUUUAAGUUAAUUUUUUCCCCUUUUUUUAGGAGGGUCCUCAUAUUUUUUUUACUUAUCAUACACUGUAGCUGAAAAUAUCAAAUUUACUUUUAUUAUUUUGUUGAGAUUGUUGUACUAUUGAUUUGUUGUCAGCUUUCAGAGGAGUCAUUAGUCCUUGUGCUGAUAUGGUAGCCGGAAAUUUCUCAUAAAAGACUUUUUGCACAAGUCUUUUUGCACAAGUUUUGGACUGUUCACACAAUUCUUAGUAGUCAUUUUGCACAAUAAUUAUAAGUGCAUAAAUAAAUUAUUGUGCUCAUGAGCAUUUCAAUCUAGUUGAAGUUAUUAUGUAAAUAAAUACCACGUCCUAUGUUCUCGCCAUUGGAUCUUAUUGAAAGCGACAUGUGAAGGUGAAAUAUCUUAUCAGUAUCAAUUAAAAUACCUAUUAUAUUGAUGUUUCUAACUUAUAAUUAUUGUAUGAAAUGACUAUUAAGAAUUGUGUGAAUGGUCCAAAACUUGUUUGAAAAGACUUGUGAGGAAAGUCUUUUGUGUGAAAUGCCCUGUAUUUGCUGAUAUAGUUUGCAAGAUAGGAUAGACUAUUUCCUGGUCAGCAGGUUGUAAAUGAAUUCCAUGUCUUUUCUAUUUCAAAGGUUGACAGCUGGGCGAAUGCAUGUUGUUCAAGACAGUGUAUCUCUUCCAGUUCUUCGCCCCAAUGGUGCAGCAAAUGUUGCUGAUAGGAAACGUCGACAGCAGGCAUUAGUUAGAGGAAGAGGCAAAAAGGACCUCUAUUAAAUUAUGUCAAAAUUAUUGAUCAGCAAUCAAAUAAAUAUUCUUCCCUUAAAAGAUGAUACAUUUUUUAUGGUAGAGCUAGAAUAUUUCCCCAAUUAGUCAAUAGUCACUCUUUUGCCCAUUGUGCACUUGUAAAUAUCUUUUUUUCCUCACAAUGAUAGAUUUUCAAUCCUUUACAUUUUUCUUCUUGGUCUAUACUACUGCAGUAGUACCAUUAAAUACAGUACAUGGGGUGAAGAAUUAUUUAAUAAAGUUAUUUAAAUUGAAAUGAGUUGUUAUUUUCCUCUGUUCUGUGUAUGAAUUUUUUUUUGCUUCUAAACAAAUUCUUUUACAGGAAACUGUUCAAUGAAAUUUUGUAUCUACAAUACAUUGAGGGUGUGCUGAAAUAAGAGUUUUUCACACCUUCAGUUAAGUCUGACUUGUUUUUGCUUUUAUUGGUAUGGAGAGCUUUUUGCACAAAGCUGUUACUUGUACAAAUACUUACCUACCAAAUAAGUUAGUGAACUAUUUGCAAUUUUGGAAAUUUUAUGGUAUAGAAGUGAUAACUGCAUCAAUAUAUUAAGGUGUCAUAGGGGGCACUUACCACUAAUGUGAAAGGGGAGGCAUCAAUGAUUGUAUGUUUGAUUCCCUGUGGUUGACUCCUUUGCCUACAGAACAGGUGUCGUUUUACUUUUGCAUUUCAGACAAGCAGUGGCUAGUUCAAGUUUAGUCUGAAGAGAGUGUGAAGGGGGAGUCAUGUGGGAAGAGUAGUGUGGACAAGAUGAUGUCAUGAUUUGGGGGUCUUCUGCUUACUCAUUUUCCUUCCCCUUGUGCUUUCCUUGCACUUGCCUCCACUUGCUUCAAAAAUGUAAAAUUCCAUGCCUUUUCUCUAGGCUACAACUCUUGGUUUUGCAAAUUUUAUUCACCUUCCUUUUUGACAAACCACUUUCCCUUUUUGAUAUUUGUCCAUAUUUUCAUUACCAGACUCCUUGACAAUGCAUGAAUAUAUUGUGGUUCAAUUUUAUCCUUGAUUCAAAUUUUUAUUUCCUUUGUUUCAAAUUCAUUAUCAUACAUUACAAUACCCAAAAACGAAAAAAACCCCAAAAAAUUUGAACCAAGGAUAAAAUUGAACCACAAUAGAUAUUUCAGUGAAAAAUUGCUUAGUGGCCACUAUUGUGAUUGGAAGGGUAGAGGCUAAACAUGUGUCAGCAAGGGAGAGACCUUUAUCCCCCAACAUACCUCCCAUUGUCAGACCUUUAAGGCAAAGUUCUACCUGUGAGUUAACCUCCAUGAGUGACCAAGACAGAAUUUCCACUUAUAAUGUCAAUGCAACACUAAGUGGAGAUGGGAUGAGAAUGAAGAAAAAUCUAUAUUAAGGAGCUAUUAUUUGAUCUAAUAUUAAAUGCUCCGAACUAACGACGUAAGAAUUUUAAGGCAAACACCAAGGAGAAUCACGAAUUAAUCAAAUUUUAGGGGUGGAAGGGUAAAAUGCUUUGCCAUAAAAGCAAGGAAGAGGAUUUAUGAUCGCCCAACCAGGAAAUGUAGACAAAAGGCCUCCAUCUAUGCUUUCUUUUUUUUCGUUCUCUUGGUUUUCUUUUUCUUGUGGUUGUUUUGCUUUGAAAUUUUUCUUCCAUAGUGUGUACGCCCCUACGCUUUGUUAGUGACUGAGAGAGUCUGGAACAGAGAGCCUCGCUCACACGAUUGUUUGAAAAACAAAAUGGCGGUUUACUUGAAAAUUCGAUAAUCUUGCAUUUUACCUUUCCUCAUUUCUUUAUAUAAAAUUAUUGCUUCCGAAAAGACUCUGAGUUUUGAUGAAGAGGGAUUACAAUGAUUUAGAGGUGAGUUAAAUUGCGUAAAAUGUAUUUACUCAAAGGAACAACUUGAGGUUAGGACUCGUAAGUUCGGUCCCUCAAUAAACUCUAUCGCGUUAAUAUCUAAAAUAUUUAAGCUCAAGUGUGAUCAUAAGCUUCCUCCUGUCCAUCUCGUUCAGUCUGAAUCAUAGAAACUAGGAAAUCGCCCAUUAGUCCAUAACGUGCGAGGAAGUAAUUUUUUUCUCUGAUAAAUGUGAUCACGUGUGGUCGUGAUCGUUGUAGCAUGAUCGAAGUUCUGAUCUGUUCCUUCGCUCACGAGUCCAAAAUAUUUUCGCAGAUCGAAAACCUCUCAACGUAGGGUUGGAAAUAAAGUCAGAGUGCACUGUAGAAAUCGAAUUAUUCUGAUGGAUUUAUUAUUGUUGCUACCUUUGGUUGUACUUUCCGUAAAUUGUUCUGUUUGAUAUGCAAUCUAGUCAACAAGAUGCAUUUAAUUUAUUAUCAGACUGCAGCAUGAUGGCUCCUAAGAGUGAUAAGCAUCCAAUUUCUCCUGAUAGCAUCAUCCCUUAAUCAAAUAUUAUGGUCAUGAGAAUAAAGGGAAUGAUGGCAACCUCAAGCGCUUGAUUGUCAGACAAAUUCUCCUUGUAAGUAACAUAAGAAAUGUAUAUAAAACAGUAUGGAGAACUUGCAUACUGAUGUUAGGGUGUAAAAGGUUAAACAGCCUUAUACCUGUGUUUUUCUUGAUCAAGGGUUCUAAAUCAUUUCCAUUUCUUGCAGGAUGUCAGCUGAUGUUCUGCGGAAACCAUCCCAAGUGGGUUUUAAUUUUCCGAGCUUGAAUCAGCCAGUCUCUGUUCCUCAGCGGGUGAUGGCUGCACCAAAUAGUGGAUCAGCUACUCAUAAAAUGAAUCAACUUCAAUUUAAUCUUGGAGUGCCAACAACUGCUGAUCAGUUUACAACAAGGUUUAGAAAACCCCAACCUAUUGUUAUAGAAAAAUUAGGUGACCAGAAUCAAACACCACAGUUGUUACCUCAAAGGCGUGUAACUACCCCUGUUGUUUAUCCUGUUGUGCCAUCAGUGUCAUCCUCUAUCACAAGUGACCGACUUGCACUAGCAGUUCAUUUGGCCAAGAAAGAUGUUAGAAAGGUGAAAGAAAUUGGAACGGAGAAUGUUUUGGUUUCACAAGAAGAAGAAACAAAGAGAAGGCAUUUUGCAGUCACAGGCAAAAAUAUGGGCGUUGGGAAAAAGAAUAGGGUAAAAAGUAUGAAAUCUAAAUCACAAGCGGCAAUAUUAGAAGAUAAACCUACUUUGCGUGAAAGGGUUCAUAGUGCUGUAAAGAAUCAUAAAGAGACAGAAGCGAGGAAGCAGUGUAAAAUGUACUUUUAUCCAGCUACAAGGGAAGAUGAUGAAUUUGAGUCAGAUGGGGAAAGGACACAAGCUAAUGAAAUUAGAAAACUCCGCAAAGAGCUCCAUCAAUAUAUGAAACAAAUGGAAAGUUUGAAAGAUGAGAGACCAGAAAUGUUGAAGAACAAAGACAAAAGGUUAAAGAAAAGAAAAGAGGGUGAAGGAAGGCUUGCAGAUGAAGAGGUAGAUGAACGCCAAGUGGUGAGGGCUGAAGAACAAGCUGCCAGAUCAGCAAGGAUGCUUUAUGUACUUCAGAGACAGGUAACAUACUGGUACAUCGUUAAUUAGAGGAAGAUUUGAUAGGGAGUGAGUAUUUCAAAGAGGUCAGUUGUCUUCUAAACAGUUGUGUUCUUGAAAGUCACAAUCUUCCUUACCAAAACUAUCUCCUGUCCCAAGAAUCACAUUCAAUUUGUUAUUCAGCCUCUAAGGCCAUCCCCAUUGAAUGAAAAAAUUUUCCCUUAGUCCAACUGACACAUUUUUUGUGGAAAAAAAAAUAACCCUAUCUGAGAGGGAAACUUUUAGUCUGGGUGAUUACAGAAAAAGUAAUCCUGGAAUAGACUUGGAAUGGAGAAAGAUUCCUAUAGGAAGUUAAAAGUUAUAGAUUUGCUCUAGUCACUCAGGAUUAGAAACUCUUGAAGACAAUUGAUCACAGGAGUAGGUACCUGAUCCAAAUCCUUCCACCCCUUGACCAUGGUGCUGGCCGGAUGGUUGGUAGGUUGAAAUGCAGUUCAAAAGGUCUGGGUUUGUGCCCAGAGGCUGAGUCAUUGUGUUAUGUUCUUAAGGAAAACUCACCAUGCCUCUCUCCAACCAGAUGUAAAAAUGGAUAUAUGUGAACUGUCAGGAAAACCUGAAAAAAUUUAGGGGUGUGGAACCAUGUGGUGUAAGGGAUGGGGUUAUCUGCAAUGGACAAACAUCCAUCUACAAAUGUACCAAGAGUAAAGUCACUUUCAUUACCUUUUUACUUUAACCCAUUAACCCCCAUGAGUGACCAAAACAGAAUUUCUCCUUAUAAUAUCAAAAUAAUUUAGAAAAAUAUCAAUUUGGGGAUAAUUAGUUGAUACUAUUCUAAAUUCUAAUAACUAACUUUAUAAGAAUUGUAUGGUUGAUUAUAACAAGAAUUAGAAAUUUGAUCUGGGAGUUAAAGGGUUAAAAACCUGGAUUAACCUCUUACUACAGACAUUGCCGAUAUUUUCCCUAAAGUAUUUGUAUAAUGCCCAGACUGAGAUCAUGCAAGAAUAACGACAUUAAAUGAUAUCUAACUUGAAAAUACUUUUUUUUUUCCUUCUAGGUGCGUGAGAUUGAGGACGAGUUAAACAAAAAGAAAAGAGGGAUAAAACAUACAAAAAAGGUGAGAGUUUUAAAGGAAUUUGACUCUCCUUAGUCACCAGCAACAGGUUGAUUUGCAACUGGACACUUGGAAUUAAUAUUAUUUUAUUUAAUUCUCAACUAUUCAUGCUAAAAGUUUCAUCUUUUUAAAUUUAAUUCCACAUUAUUUAUGGUACAUUAUUGGCAUUAGCACAAGAUAAGUUGUUUGCAAUUUUGAGGAACAUUUAGACGAAGUCUUCCCACUCUAGCAAGCACUAACUACAUGUACUUAGAUUUAGUUAGGUUUAUUGUCAGUAUCAUUUGGUUUAAUUUUUUUUCUACAAUCUUGUAUUGGAUCUCAGAGCCAGACCCUAAGCCGCUUGGCAGCAGCUCACAGGGGAGCAGUUAGAGCAUUGCAGACAUUUGUCAGCCAGGCUCCUCUCCAGCCUAAAGUUGGCCAUAGCUCGCCACCAAUGUACCAGGAACUGUCUGCCCUCAUUAGACAGUUGUCACUUUUGGCAGCACAGUUGCACAUCAGUGGGGAAGAUUUCUCUGAUGAAGUGAAGAGAGAAAAAGUUCAAGAUGAAAAGGUACAAUACGGCUCAAAAGUAAGUAGACAGUCUCUACUGGAAACAUCCUUGAAACUAUUGAGAAUCAAGGAUCAAAGCUUAAACUAUUAUCAGUGACAGUUUUUUAUAUGCAAUAUGGUCAAACCUGUGUAGCUCUCAGCUUGAUUUCAAUGAAGUAAAAAAUAGAUCAAUUUUUAGUGUCAUGCCACAUUCAUAAUGAAGUAUUACCCAUCAAGGCUGUGCUCUAACGGCGCCCGGUCGCCUGAGGCGACUAACAUUUGGCCUCGGGCGACUGAAAAUAUUUUCUUGGUCGCCCGACCGGGCGACUGGCUGGUGUUGGUUUCUUGAUUUACAGUAAAAAAAAAAAAAAAAGAAAAUGUUGUUCAAUCGGGCGCGCGUUGAUAUUCAAAGGUCGUUUCACGUGAAUUUACGUGUAACAUAAUCAUCGACUUUGAUCGUGACAAGCUGCACAGUUUUCGAUUUUAACCGCUUUUCCAAAUAGUAUUAUAAUUUUUCCUUUAAAUUAGGAUGGCUCGUUAGUUAGUUUUUGAAAAGCAAUUGUUACUUCUGCUCUGACAGGCGUAAAGUACGGUCGACGAUUAAUAAACCGCUGAAUGAACACGGGAGUCGUUCUCUUAAAAGAAAAUGUUGUUCCAUCGGGCGCGCGUUGAUGUUCAAAGGUCGUUCCACGUGAAUUCACAUGUAGCAUAAUCCUUGACUUUGAACUUGACUAGCUGCACAGUUUUCGAUUUUAACGGCUUUUCCAAUAGCAUUAAAAUUUUUCCUUUAAAUUGGGAUGGCUCAUCAGCUAGUUUUUCAAAAGAAGUUGUUACUUCUGCUCUGAUAGGCGUAAAGUACGGUUGGCGAUUAAUAAAUCGCUGAAUAAACACGGGAGUCGCUCUUCUAUGCUAAUUUAAUAUUUUAAAUAGUGUUUUGCUAAGCUUACAUAAUGAUUUGAAUUGAACUUCAAUGAGACAGUUUUAGGUUUAUCAGAUUAUCUUUGGUAUAUGUAUACUAUUCAUUUUUCAAAAAAUAGUUUUGCACUGCUUCUGUAAGUGUGAAUUAAAUAAUUAUUUGACUAUAAGUGAUGAUAGGUUUUCAGGAGGUCAAAGGAUACGAUGUUUCAUGAACAUAAAAACAAUAAAUAAAUGCACAUAGUUCUAUUUGACUCGUUACGAAAACAGUUUGUUUAAUUUUUAAUAAUUAACUGACUGAUUUAUUAAUUUGGGUGACCAAUUAGGAGGCCCGGGCACCUCAGCUAAAAUGUUUGGGUGCCCGAAGGGCUCCCCGAAAUUUUGAUUUGGGCGACCAUCUUUUAGGCCUGGGCACCCAAGCUAAAACACUUGGGAGCCCGAAGGGCUCCCUGAAAUUUUCCUUAGAGCACAGCCUUGCCCAUGGAUAAGCUGUACCCUUGAUUUUUGGCUUCAAUUUUGUGAAAAAAAGUGCAGCUUAUACAUGGACAUUUAUGGUAUUUAUUUGAUAUUUUUUCAGUAUCUUAAACAGCUAUUUCACUUUUUAUUGAUCAGGAUGAGCCUGACGAAGAAGAGGCUGCAUUAAGAGUAACUGGCAAAACUCCAGAAAAAGCAAGUGCAUUUAUCCAGGAAGUAGCUGACAGAAAGCCUAAGGGGACAACCAUACCAAGAUCUCCUCUGAAACAAGGUUUGAAUACAGUAAUAAGCAUCCUUGGAGCAAUCUAUUUUGAUUAAUUCAUUCAACAGAUUUUUGCCAUUAUCAUUUAUGACCAGUGUUUAGGCCAGGACUUAAAUGGAAUGUGUGGGUCCUGUUUGUCGUCAAACCUAAUAGGAACAUUGUUUAUUUUUGCACUGUGGUUUUUCUUUGUAAGUUGUGACAAGUUCUCCUGACCCUACCCCUGAAAGAGAUGCUGUUCUGCAGGCUGGGCUUUCUGCACUCCUUAGAGUCAAGGACACUCCAGUUCAGACACCUGUGGUAUGUUCAUUCUAUUUUCUUUAAAAAUAAUCUUCUCAUUGUAUAUCACAUAGUAUCUUAAAAUAAUGGUAAUAUUAUGAUAAUAAUAAUUUGAUCAAUGUUCAUUAUUUUGCAAUUUUCUUGCACAAAUAUGACAAGAUUUUGUUUUUAUGGCAUUUUAUAUUAAGACAGUAUGCAGAACUUAGAAAGUUUGAGAAUGAAAAAACCUUUUUUUUAAGGUAAAACCAAAGUUCCAAAUGAGACCUGCCAUUCAAGUGGAAAAACCAGUCAAACAGGCUUCGAAGAAAUCACUGUUAUUACCUGCUAAGCUAAAGGUUUGUGACUAUACUCAAAUCAAGUUCUUCUUUGACCCACAGCAGUUGUUGAGGGGGGGGGAGGGGGGAGGGGGAGGGGGAGGAGUCAGGGGAAGUUAAAAUGGGUGUGAAGCACAUCUGUUAUGAUUUGGAUCUUUCUUUGUGCAUACUUAAUCUUCUUUUUUUUCAUGUUGCUGAUGCUGUGGGGUCAAAAUACAAACAUACAAUUGCUAGAUUCACCUUACUGUCACCAAAUAAUUGAAUUAACAUCUAAUUUUUUUAUGGAUACUGGCCCUUAGCUUCGGCGUCAGAGAGCUUUUCAGACAGCCAAGAGAGUGAAACUGCUUCAAGAUGUAGACCAAGCUCACUUUGCCAAAGAAACUGUUGCCUCCAUACUGAAAAAGGCUCCUCCAGUAGUGGGGCAUCAGCCAGUGGCCCAAUCUAGGACACCACCCAGAACACCUACAAGAGAAGGCCCUCAUACUCCUGAGAGAGUGCAUUUUCAAGGUCCACACAGUCUGUCCCCUAGAUCACACAGAAGACAAUGUGAAACUCAGGUUUGUCGUCAAUGCACAGAUACAUGCUUUAAUCUACUUAUAAGGGCAAAAUAGAAAGGAGAGAAGUGAGGUUAAGAGAAAUGCUUUCUUACUAUGGUAGAAAUUUCUCAAAAAUGGAUAGGGAUGUUUGCUUGGUUUCCUUAUUUAGACGUGUGCCAGAGUAAGUUGAAUUGGAAUCUUUACAGAUAUCAUGAAGCACUGUGUUAUACAAUAUUUUUUAAAAUUUCUCCCAAUUGUUUUCAGUGCACUCGUCGUUUUGAUAACCCAGUCUAGGUGUAACUCAUUUAGUAAUAGUAAACAAAUUUAUGGGACAAAAUAAGGAAUUUCAACUGUUCCUUUUCCUUACAGUUAAUGGUUGGUUUUCUUCAUAUCUUUUGAGUAGCUACAAAGUCCAACAAGUCCGAAGUAUUUCCGUAGACAUCUUCCAACUGACCAGGAGCUGAUAGAAAGAGAGGUGGCCAGGUGAGUGAAUCCCAAUAGGAUUUAAUGGCCGAUAGGACGCUCAGUGGCUCUUUUUGAAUGAAAGAUCAUGGCAGCAAAGGCCUGCUUCACACAUAGUGGGGUGCAAUAGUAGCACAGAGCGAAAAAGGCGGAGGAUUAGGAUGAGUCGUUAAUUCGCCAUAUUUUUUCAGACCAUUUUGCUCAUGGACUUCAAUGUUGACAGCAGCUGUCAAACUGGACCUAUCAGAGGGGAUGAAAAAACUACAGGCUCUCUUUACGCGACCCGACUUAAACUUCCUCCUUCUUUUCUCAUUUCGUUGCUAUUUCGGCUCCUUUACUGAACGCCCUUUUUCCUGACGUGUCACCACUUCAAACGAGACCAAGGAAGAUAGCUUUUUAAUUUUGUCGCCAUGUAUGUAUGUGCACACAUUGUCAUGUCAUUAUCUUGAGCCUUGACUUUCAUUAUUUUGCGUAAGUGUGAUAUUUCUGUGUCUCAAGUGUGACCAGGAUGACUGGCUUUGAGUACCAACUUCACAGAAAGCAAGUGUUUAAUCUGUUUUCCUAAAAGUCUGGUAAUACACGUUAUUAAAUUUGACCAUAUUUAAUCAAAUUCUUCCUGUAACUGUAAAUAAUGUUCAUUCUUAGGCAAAGAUGGCUUGACGAAGAGGCAGAACGAAGGGUAAAAUUCAAUUUUACGCUAAAACUAUAAUAAUUUUCAUAACAGAUGAUUUGCAGAUUACACCAUGGUAUUUUGUUAUAGCAGCCUCAAAACGUUCAGUGCUUUCCUGUUUGUUUUUUUUAGCUCCUUUUCAGACCAUUAUUAUUACAUUUUUUUUAAUGGUUUCUUCUUGAUGAAUUAGAUUCGUGAUUUGGAACGAGAACGAAGACUUGAACUGAUGCAGCGACAUCGAAGAAGGUAGGAUUUUAUAGGUAGAAGAUUUAUCCGAACAACUCUACCUUAUUGACCUUCCAAGAACCCUAUGUGAUAGAACCCACUGCGGGAGUCAUUGCCCCCUUCCGGUAUCAUACCUCCCCAUCCCGGAUGUCCCCCCCCCCCAAUAUCCCGGGAAUCGUAAGUUCCCUUCAUAACUCUCUUUUCAAACUCAACGUUUCAUUUGUUUUAGUCACCCUUUGAUCGGUUCUGAGUUUGCAAUUUUUUCCAAUAUUCCAGUCCAGACGUUUCACUGCCAAAGCGAUUGAUAUGUGAGACAGAAGACGCCAUUAGAUCUCGACUGAAACCGCUCUUGGAUCGAGCAGAGGUAUUUAAAAAAGUUUAAUUUUAUCUUCUAAUUUUGAUGUUUCACGGGAGGUGUAUGGUUAUUUACGUAGUCCAAAGUAGUAAAGAUGUAGAUAGACUACAAGCAGACCCUUCUUUUUGGCGAUGUUCGUCGCGCGAGUUAAAAAUAUUUAGCGAAAGAAAGAAAUGUGAGCGCGCCGCGCAGGACUCUGGGAGUGUGGCGCACGAAAAGUACUCCCAGAGUUUCGCGCGCGUGCUGACAUCUAUUUUUUUUUUGCUGAGUUUUUUCAGUUGACUCGCGCAACGAACGUCAUCGAAAAGGAGGGACUGCUCGUCAAGAAAAUGUAAAAUUGGUCCGUCUCUAGUGAGUAAUAAAGAAACACCGUCAGUCAUGUGCACAAUAUCAGAAUGAGUUGUCUAGUGACUUGGAAUUUCUAGUACAUACUAGUUGGAAAAGGUAGCGUAUAAAGUAGUUACUAUUACAAUUCACAGCACUGAGCAGAAAACAAACUUGGUAUUUAUUAUAAAUUUGUUUGUUCCUACGUGCAGGCGAUAGCGGAAACACAGGCGAUAAGAAAAGAAGAGCAAAAGAAAUCAUUACAGCAUCAGCUUGGGAAACUUGCCUCUCAGACAGUGAGUGUACAAAUACAACCUAAGGUCACAGUCGCUUGAAGGUUGGAUAGUUAAUUCGGUGGGAGAAGUGUCAUCUGUCCUUUCAACAAACACGACAAAGUGAUCUCUUUUGUACUCUGGGAGAUUAGAGGAGAGUUAUGACGAUGUUAAUGGAUCCUGUGCUCUAGCGCUUCAGCAUUGAACGACUGACAACUUGAUGGGGAACGAGGCCAUAUUUUAAGUUCACAUGUGACAAACAUCCUGCAGAAUGGCCUUUUUUAAAAUGCUGCUGAUUAUCUCGAACUUCUUUUCUUUAUUUUAAGGUUUUUACUUAUUUUUGCCAUAGUAUCGUGCUUUUGCUUUCUCGGCAGACAAUGAACCAAGCGGACAUUUUGGCCGAAAAAGUUCUCGAUGAUAUUUUAGAAGAUACAGUUCUUGAAAUGCAAAGGCGAGUGUCUGGAUCGUUUCUAACUUUCUUAUCUCUGAGGUCUCUUGCGUUGUAAAGGUGCAUUUAAUUUUUUUUUUAUUCAUUCCUGUACAGAUUAGAGAUCGAAGACGACGUUGAAAUGCAAGCUGAUGAUUUGCAAAACAGUUCAUCCUUAGAUAAUAUUCUUCAGAGACUGCAGAGUUUCGAGGUACGUGAAAAACCGGUGGGUGCGAAAUAAUCUUCUCCAUAAGAAGUCCUGCUUAGAAUAUUCUUUCCAAUGUUCUGUUCUAGUUGAAAUGGAGUAUAACAUUUUAAUAUCAUUAACAACACUGCCUUUCGUCGCAGAAAGCCGAGGAGGAGAUAAGACAACAUUGGGUUCAAGUGAAUUAUGCAGAUGUUGAAAAUUCCACAGAAAAACACUACACUGGUAUGUAUGCAAUCCUUUAGUAUGGUUGCAAAAAGCCAACGUAAUCACAACACUCAAGCAGAGCAAAGGAAAUCAUCUCAGGAAGCAAUGAGAAUUCAAGGUAGAUUCAAGCAAACUGGCUGAGGCGCAGAGAAAUGCAAGUGACCAAGUCGUGAUUGAUUGUAGUUCUUAAUCUGAAAGUGGUGCGAAUUUUCUGGACCAAUACAGAGCAAAGUUGAGCAAAACUAAAGCAAUGGCAGAUUACUGUCGAUGCCCAAUUGAAAAUUGCUCUAAACCUUACAUAUGUUUACAUCACUUUCUUGUUUCCCCUUUAUCAACAGAGAAAAGAACUCGACCAGCUAAGGAUCCGAAACCGAUCAUGUUUACAAGGCCCGUGGAAACCGAAAGCCACCGACUGUUACCGGAAAACACCCGAGCACCUCCCGACGACGAUAGACGAGGUGUCAGAAAGCCAUUCAAACUGUUGAAUGAAAUUAGUGCUGCCAGUAGCUUUUCCUCCCUAAUGGAAGGUUGGACAUAGUCUCUCACUGAAGUUUUAUAAUUAAGGUUAAUAAAAUGUCAGUAGAAAUGCAUAGGUCCUUUUUAUUUUCAGCAUCGACAGAGCGCUCCUCUGCUCAAAGCUCCAUUUACAGAAGUCCUCAAAAUAGCUCAGCCCCACAAAGUUGGCCCCUCACUUCUGGCACACGACCUACAGUGUUCCUUAGUGUGCCUGAGGAGAUGAAAGCCAGUAUAGUGUCCUAUAGGAAUCGAUUCAACAAAUAUCUUCAGGACACUUCUACUCACGAGGAAGGAACAUUUGACCCGUGGGGACUGGUGAACAGGUGUGUUUAUGUAACAGUUUGUCAAUUCUUCGAGCAGUUUGAUUGGUUCUUACCGGUGGUCUAUUGGUCACCAGAUGUAUAGUUCAUGUAAUCAGCAAUAUUGUUGUGUCGCUAUUUGAUAGUGAAAUUAACGCAGUAUGAAAAGCAUCAUUUGUUGUAAGUUAACAUAAAAUAAUCUGCUUCGAGAGGAAAAGUUAGCCGAAGCUAAAUACGCUUAGAAACACAGCUCCGAAAACGAAGCAGUAAAUCGUCAUUUUGGGACAUCAUUUUGUAGACAUCGUUUUGAGCAUUACAGUCGAACUUUUAUCGAAGGAUAUCUCUCCAAAGCGACAACACACAUUGAACCGCGUCCCUACUGCUAAAAUAACCUCUGCAGGAAGGCCAGUGGAUCACCUAGAGACGACCUUUGUAAAAUGCGUGACAACCUGUCGAUGAGAAUAUUUUAUUUGUCUUGAAUAACCAAACGGAAGGUCGUAGGAGCUGAUUUACUCGCUGUACUUUGUAGUUUGUUGCCAAUAUCCAUCUGAAAAUCAGGUUCUGGUUUCUCUGUCAUUGAUAUUCUUUGAAUUGGCCACAGACCCAUACAAGCUGCCGUAAGCUUUUUCCAAUGAAAAUUUUCAACCCUUUUAAAAACUAGGUUAAGUCACACAGUGGUUUUUCCUCCCCCCCUCCCCCUGAGGGCUGCGUCUUUACUAUGGCUACCCUCUCUUCAUAAGGUGGAAAAAGAGAAGAGGUUGGGCUGUAACAUGUUUCUCUGCUCUAACUUCUUUGCUGCACUUGAUGUGGGAAAAUCUUGUUCAGUAACGUUCUGUGCUCAUUUGUUGCAGGAUCAGUGAGGAGUUGUUAGAAGAUGCUUUGCAAGAAGUUGGUCAUGAGCUUGAUGAUGUGUGUGAUGAUUACGCCGAGGCCUUGUAUAACCAGGAAUUUGUUUCAGUCAGCUCAGACACGUGAUCAAUGUCUUCCUUCCUUCAUAUUUAGGAAUGCAAGAAAUAAUACAGCCUGUUUAAUUGGACUUCAACGUACAGUUCCAAGGAUUUUACGUCGUCUGCUGCGAUGGCAACUAUUCACGUUAGAAAUGCUGUUAUAUGACUGGCUCAAUAAAAUACAACCAAG